AUGAUAGCACUGCUCCUUCACUUGCUCCAGUUCUUACCGGUUUCACUUCACCCGCGAUCACUAUGGGAUAAUGCGGCGACCUUAAAACAGAGGGAACGGACCAUCCGGCUGGCCGCAAUCCUCAAGCAUCAGGACACGUUCUCAAGUAACCUCGAUGAAUUCGAACUGACCGUUCUCAGCACGCCGGCCCACGAAAUCGUCGCUCGGAUCGGAGUGCAACGGCCAAAUUGGAAUGCUAAAAACGUCUUAAAGGCCUUCAUAAAGGCUGCAAUUCGCGCUCAUGUUGAAACCAAUUGUUUGACAGAAGUCAUGUUUGAAGAAGCGCUAGAGAGAGCAGACCAACUGGAUCAGGAAUUCGCAGCUACUGGACGGCUAAGGGGAAGGCUACAUGGGAUUCCGGUUAGCUUGAAGGAUCAAGUCAAUGUUAAAGGGUUUGAUUCAACAAUCGGAUUGACUGAAUUUGUGAAUCAACCCGCCGAGGAAAAUGCCCCAGUGGUCGACCGUCUGAUUGAGGAAGGCGCAAUCCCUUUCACCAAAACAAAUGUUCCACAAGCGUAUGUAACUUCGCUUCCUUGGCUGUUUUCACUUGAAUGUUCUAACCCAAUAUUCGGAGCCACUCACAAUCCUUACAAACGUGGCUUUAGCUGCGGUGGUAGCUCUGGUGGUGAAGCGGCUUUGCUUGCAAGUGAUGGUAGCUGUAUGGGUAUAGGCUCCGAUAUAGCCGGAAGUCUUCGAAUCCCGGCCCACUAUUCAGGGUGCUACAGCUUAAAGCCGGUAAGGGAAAUUCAAGAAUCAGCAAAUUUAACCUUUGUAACGCAUCUUCUGAACAACCUUGGGAGAUUCGUUCAAGACGGGCUGAGAGACUGUGAUGAUGGAUACACGGAAAUCUUAGGAGUGAUUGGGCCCAUGGCUCGCUGUUGGGAAGAUCUCGUUCUGUUGAGUCAAGUAAUGCUCCACAAACCAGACCCCACGACGUCUCGCAAAUUUGGAUUGAUUCCACUCGAAGAUUUUCGAUACGAGAUAUUUGACCCGCUGGUUGCUGGAGAUACUCGACCUUCCCUGAAAUUUGGCUUCUUCACUUCCGAUGACCUGAUCGAGGCCAGUAGCCCUUGUCAAAGAGCUGUACGAGAGACUGUCGAAGCCUUAAAAUUGGACGGGUAUGAUUGCAUGGAAAUCGAUGUAAGUCGUUUAGAUGUUCUUGAAGGAUUAAUAAUUUAUGUUGGGCUGUCUAGUGCAGAUGGAUAUCAGACAGGACUUUCCCAUGUGGGCAGUGACCCUAUUUGGCUUCGCUGGAUAGUCUGCGGAGUGACAAGACACCUUCUGCGAGAUGAAAUCAUGGCCAAGUUGAUUGAAGCCAGCCGAGCGAAGAACACCACCGAACUUCAGAAGUGGAGAGUGCGGAAGGAUGCGUACUGUCUGAAAGUCAGAAGUUAUCUAUGGGAAGAACUGGGUUUGGACGCGUUGAUUUGUCCCACACAGGCUGUUACUGCUAUUCCCAUUGGAUCUUCGUGGAACAAAUCUUUCAUCGCGGAAUCCACGCUCAUUUGGAAUUUAGUAGACUCGACAGUGGGCCACAUUCCGAUCACACGCGUAAACGUCCAGAAAGAUCUAGUCAGCAGUGGUGCAGGUUUGAAGAAGAGCUUGCGACAACCGGGGGAGGUAUCCCAAGUGAAGGCCCUUUUGCCCAGUGUUGAACAAAGUGAAGGUUUACCAGUGGGUAUUCAAAUGGUGUGUGGGCUUUGGGAAGAAGAGAAAACAUUGGCCUUGAUGGGUAUUGUUGUUAAAAGUUGGAACAGUCGUCCUAUUCAGACCGCCCCCCUCUCAAGACCUGGUGAUUUUAUUUUGAAGAAACAUAGGUUAAACUUAGGUGCCACUAAUUCUAAUCAAUGA